UGGUGAGCUCGUAGCUUUCUUUCUGUUUAGCACAGCCACGCCGUGCACUUCAUCAUCCAGAGAAAACAGGCAUCAUGUCAGGGCUAAACACAUCGCUGGCAUACUUCUUUACUAUUAUAAGCGUCAGUGCAAUCGGUAGGGUGCUACUAUGGCGCUGGAAACCUCACUGGGGUUUCCUAACAGAACUCAUAGCUGCCUUUGCGCUCGCUGGCUGUAGGUUAGAAGUAGAGACUAUUGCAGAGGUCGGUAUGUGGGCCGGUAUGUUAGGUCCAGAUGUGACCUACACUAUGCUUUUUAUAUCUAUAGCCAUUCACGCCAUUAUCAUGCAAGGGGUGAGUGGCAAUCCGGCCGUGACCAUUAUGGGACUCCUGCAGAAAGAUAUCGGUAUGGUAAACGCCGGUCUCAGUGUUGCUUCGCAAUUUCUCGGCGGGUUUCUCGGCCUCUUAGUCGCAGGUAAAUAUUGGGAGAUGGAGCUCACAGACAUGCACAUGAUAAAGAAUCUGAUGAUGUCAGAGUGCAGCACAACCUUGCGAGCUCCGCUGCUACAGGGCACCAUUGCAGAAGCCAUCAGCGCAAUGACGUUUUACCUCGUUUACCUCGUACUAAAGAACAGGACACAGCUGCUGAGAAUUCCCAUAUUGGCUCUGUUGCUGACUUUCUUUGCCUAUGCAGGAAAUAGCUAUACCUCUGGGAUUGUGAAUCCAUCCCUUGCUUUUGCACUAACAUUCAACUGUCCUGGUCAUACCUUCCUGGAAUAUGCUCUUGUCUACUGGCUUGGGCCUCUUGUUGGUAUGACUCUUGCACUGUUCCUGUAUUUGGGAAAUAUACCACUGCUGUUUAACAAGAAUCUACUUUACUCCAAGAAGGCACGAUUUCGGGUACCUAAAGUGAAAAAUUCGGAGGAAAAGACCAGCUGAGAGAGAGAAGACAGAAAAGUCAGCAUUGAUGAUGUCACUCUGCGGGUUUAACUGCAAAACGUAUUUUAUUAUUAGCAGGAACAUUUUGGCUGUUUACAUUUGUAAUUUAAAAGUCUGUGUAAAUUUAAAGUUGGGAAAAAGUAUUUUUUAGCAAUUGCAGACAUAACAUGUAUGGUCUUACAGAAAAAAUAAACAAAAUGUUGAUGUUC